AUGUUGAAGGCAUCCAAAGAAUCAAGAGCCGCUCUACAGCGUAUAUUGCAUCUCGGCCAGGCUUCAGGAAAGCCAGGGGAAAUUUACUACCCCACUGAUGCCAACGGCAGUCUCCAGCUCAAAAGGACUGAGAAGCCUGUGCCUGGAGACCAUGAGGUCCUCGUCCAGCUCAAAGCAGCGGCUCUGAACCAUCGUGAUCUCUUCGUUAGACAACAUCAGUACCCCGCCAUAUCCCUCGACAACCCCAUGUUAUCGGACGGUUAUGGAGUGAUUACUGAAGUCGGGCGAGGUGUUUCUAAUAAGUCCCUACUCGGAGAAAACGUACUCCUGACUCCGAUGCGUGGCUGGAAAUCUGAUCCGGCUGGCCCAGAGGACUCUAAAAAAUGGUCCAUUACCGGGUCUACAAGUCUCUAUGACGUAGGCACAGCGCAAGACUAUGUGUGCGCUCACAAGGACGAGGUUGUUCCGGCCCCAAAACACCUGUCUGCCACGGAGGGUGCGGCUCUACCACUGGUAGGACUUACAGCAUGGAGGGCACUUGUCACCAAAGCUGCUGUCCAGCCAGGACAGAACGUUCUCAUUACCGGUAUUGGAGGCGGCGUUGCUCUCUCAGCCUUACAGUUCGGCGUGGCUAUGGGUGCCAACGUCUUCGUUACAUCUGGCAGUGAAGAAAAGCUCCUUAGAGCUAGAGGCUUGGGUGCACAAGGCGGUGCGAUUUACAAGCUGGAGAAGUGGGAGGCAGAUAUUCGCCGUCAGCUUCCGCCAUCAAGACCUUUUAUCGAUGCCAUCAUUGAUGGUGCGGGCGGUGAUAUCGUUGUCAAAGCUGUAAAGCUUCUUAAACCUGGUGGCGUUAUUGUUCAAUAUGGUAUGACUAUCUCACCGAAGAUGAAUUGGACUAUGCCAGCUGUUCUUCUGAAUGCGGAGUUGAAAGGAACUACAAUGGGUUCUAGGCAAGAGUUUCGGGAUAUGGUUGCCUUCGUCGACCGCGAAGGGAUCCGACCAGUCAUCAGUAGAGUAGUGCAAGGCCUGAGUAACCUCAAGGACAUUGAUGGGCUUUUCGACGAUAUGAAAGCUGGACGACAGAUGGGUAAGCUUGUUAUUACAAUAGACUAG